CAGCGUUUCAAGCAACACACACAUUUGCUUUUCCCAAAAUAUUCAAUACUCAAAAUGUGCCAACAAGUCGCCAUUGCCAACAACAACAACAACAAAAUGAAGACCAGCUACAGCAUCAAGCAAGUGCUUAAGACUUUCUUCAAGAAGCAGCAGAAACAACAGCAGCAACAUAAACGCCAGCACUCAUUAGAAUCUCUUGAGUCGGUGGACAAUCUGCGCAAUGCUGAAGUCGAGGAGGUCUACUAUGCCGAAAUCGACGAGAAUGCCGCCAAUGAGAAGCUAGCUCAGCUCGCUCAGGAGCAAGAAGAUUUCAAUGCCGAGGAAGACAUCUAUGUGCCUGUACGCUUUGCACGCACACAAGCCGGCACCUUCUUCUGGACCACCAACCUGCAGCCAGUUGCCAGCGUUGAUGCCGAUCUGCUGCAGCCCGCCUACUGCUACUCCAGCCAACAGCCUGCCUACAUGCAGUACCAGGAUCGCUGGGCUCAGGCUUAAGACUUCAGCUUCAUAAAAAAAACAACAACAACAAGCUUUAAACGCGGACUUCAUUGUGAUAGCAGCAGCAGCAGCGGCAGCAACUCAAACUCAACUCAGCGAAUCAAGCGCUUCCAUUAGUUUUUAAGUUAUUGUGAUAGAUACAUGAAAGAGCUUUAC